AGAUGAGAUGGGGGAGAAAUGGGCGGUGGUCAGUUGAAGGAUAAUCCUUUGUGAGAGCUGUGAGCAUAAAUACUACUGCAACCAAAAAACUUUUUAAAAGCUGUGAAUUAUCUCCUGUUGUUUGAAGAAUUACUGGAGGAUUCAUGAGAGAUACAGAAUGAAACUGCAUUGUUUCUCAUCCAUGGAGCUCUGCAUCACAUCCUGUUUGAAUUCAUACCUUGUCUGGACAUCACCGUGACACCAAGUCCUCACAUUCAUUGAAACACUUAUUCUAAGGAGAGGAAAACAAAGACCUCAACAAUGUAUAGCUGUUCUGUUCUUCAUGUACUCCUUAUAAUCCACAUCUUGCCCGUUUGGCUUGGAGGCGUUCUUCAAAUCUCCAAACAACAGCAGAAGAAGAUCCGGUCAAGUAAAGGCCCAAACGGGUCUCACCUAAGAGUGAAACGAGGCUGGAUUUGGAGCCAGAUAUUUGUUGAGGAGGAAGAUCCAACACUGAGAAAGAUUGGUCAGCUGAAAUCAGACUUUGACACAGGGGACUUUACAAUAAAGUACAUUCUGUCAGGGGAAGGAGCUGGUGAGAUCUUUACUAUUGAUGAGCACACAGGUGAUAUUCACACACUACAGCGUCUGGACCGCGAGCAGAAAGCCUACUACAAACUGCAGGCUCAGGCCAUCAACCGCAGAUCCAAACAACCCAUUGAACCAGAAUCAGAGUUCAUUAUCAAAGUCCUGGAUAUCAAUGACAAUGCUCCAGCAUUCCUUAAUGAGCCAUACGUGUCCAGCAUCCCGGAGAUGUGUUCCACAGGGACCACAGUCAUCCAGGUGACAGCCACAGAUGCAGAUGACCCCAUGUUUGGGAACAACGCUAAACUCAUUUACUCAAUUCUGCAGGGAGAGCCAUAUUUCUCAGUGGAGCCCAAAACAGGAAUAAUUUUGACAUCGUGGCCCGAUAUGGACAGAGAAGCCAAGGAGACAUAUCAGGUUGUGGUUCAAGUAAAAGAUAUGCUUGGACUUACCGGAGGCUAUACCACAACAACCACAGUGACCAUCAGCCUGACGGAUGUCAAUGACAACGGGCCCAUGUUCCAGCACAAUUUGUACACAUUUUCAGUAUCAGAGUCAGCUCCAGUGGGCACCACUGUGGGCAGAAUAAUGGCAGACGACAGGGACAUUGGUGUGAAUGCAAAGAUAAAUUACAGCUUAGAGGACCUAGAGGAGAGCAGCACCUUCACAAUCCAGACAGACCCAAAAACUCAAGAGGGGAUUAUUAUCCUGGCUCAGCAGCUGGACUAUGAGAGCAAACGGAGGUUCGUCAUUGCUGUAGAGGCCAUUAAUGAAAACAUUGACACUCGUUUCCUCAGUGUAUCCGAGUUUCGUGACAGAACAACACUCAAAAUCAUUGUAACAAAUGUGGAUGAGCCACCCGUCUUCUCCGUAACACUCUACAGAUGGAAAGUUUUGGAAAGCACACCAAUCAGGACUGAAGUUGGUACCGUCUACGCCAGAGAUAUUGACACCAACAACAACCCUAUCAGAUACAGCAUUACACAAAGCAGUGACACAAGACAGAUGUUCAGAAUUAACCCCAGUAAUGGGACAGUAUAUGUGUCCGAACCUCUGGAUCGAGAGACAGCAGCCUGGCACAACUUGACAAUCACCGCCAGAGAGAUCAAAGAUGAGCAGCUUUUCUCCUCUGUGUCGGUGCUGAUUACAGUAAUGGAUGUCAACGACAAUGUGCCUACCCUGUCCCGAGACUAUCAGCUCUAUGUAUGUGAGGAUGCACAGCCAGGAGAGAUCAUUGAGUUGAUCAGUGCCACUGAUAUGGAUGAUCCAGAAGGCGGCCAUCAUUUCUACUUCUCCAUGAUCCCAGACAAACAUAUUAACCCAAAUUUCACCAUCAGAGACAAUCAAGAUAACACAGCUGUCAUCCUGGCUCGGCGAAGCACCUUUACCCAACAUGAUCGCAUGCAGUAUCAUCUUCCUGUGGUGAUCAAAGACAGUGGCUCACCCAUCUUAUCCAGUACCACCACACUUACCAUUAGUGUGUGUAUGUGCCAGCCUUCAGGUCACUGCCCAUCUAACAGCGUGGAAGCCAAGGCACUCUCUCUGGAUGUCAGCAUGCUGACAGUGCUUGGCCUGUCUGUGUGCCUAAUCACAUUUGUAGUGCUCUCAACAGUAAUGCUAGCUAUGCAAAAACACAAGAUGUUAUGUAAGAAGAAACUAGCUAUGGAAGAGCUGGAGACAGAAGAGUUCUCAGACAAAGUUAUGGGUUUUGCCCUCCCUGAGACAGUGUCCUGCCAAAAUGUUUCCCUAAGGCCACAUCCACGGCAGCGAGAGCACAGGCUUUGCAGAAAGGAUGUCGCUGCCAGCAUCCGUAUGUCUCUGUGUCACUCUCGUCUUAUUGGACCAGAGGAUGAUGUCUUCCAACAGUUUAUGUUUGACCGGCUGGCUGAGGCAGAUGAAGAUCCAUAUGCACCACCCUUUGACUCUCUCCACACAUAUGCUUUUGAGGGGACAGGGUCUCUUACAGGUUCACUGAGUUCACUGGAGUUUGAUACUUGUGUGAGUCCAGUUAAUUUCCUGAGGUUGUCGCCCUGGCAGGGAGAAGCAGAAGACGACACUUUGUUCUGACCUGAAGAGAAAAUUUGAAAAUAACAAAUAGAAAUAUUCUCACCAUGAUUUAUAUAUUUUGAAUAACUAAAAACUUAAUAAUAUGAAUAUUUUAAAGCAGUGGUUCUUAAACUGGGGGCCGUGAGAUGGUGCCAGAAGGGCCCAGUUUUAUUACAUUUUAUAAAAUAAAUUAAUUUAUCAUAAAUUCUGUGUAAUUCAACCUAAAAAAAUAAGGCUACUAACUAGGGAUGUCCCGAUCCGAUCACGUGAUCGGAAAUCGGGCCAGAUCACGUGGUUUCAGACUCGAUCGGAAUCGGACGUUACCUCCCGAUCAGGACUCGGAUACAUAUGCAGGGUUUAAAAUCCGGCGUCAAUGUCUCGCUCUGCUCCGCGCCAGUGUACACGCUGCGCUGGUGCGUGUGAACUGAAGAUAAGAGAAUAGGCUUGUUCGACUUCAUGCGGCGCCACAAGAACCGGCAGCCGGAUGACGUCAAAGUUUCGCGAGAGCGAUUUAAUAGCGAACUCCUACGUAUGAUUUCGCGGAUCACUCUCGCGGUAGUUUGACGUCACCCGGCUGUCAAUUGUUGCCUAUUGACGUGUUUUCAUUCAUAGGCUUCACACUCGUGCGUGCAGGGUACCCACGACGAAACCGGGUUUUAACCGCUCAUUUAAAGACGCGUUGCUCGUUUUUGUCAUCAUGUGCUCAGACGCAGCUCCGUGUCUCACUCAGAACCUCAAGAACGCGCAUUCGCGCAGGAUCAUUUGACAUUACUGUAGAGAUGAGAGAUAGAGAGAGAGGUAAAAAUGGUGCCCAUGUUGAAAAAACUUAAUAGAAGUCUAGAAACAAAGUAUUAAAGUAUGUAUAGCAUGUCACUCAUCUCAUUACAAUAUGUUAACUAGAUAAUUGGAUACAACUUAUUGUAUAGUUUAAUAAAAUAAUGUAUUUUCAUUUUACAAGUUAAUUACGACCUAACUAUAGGUAUUUUUUAACUAACUGCUGACCAGCUUAGGGAAUCUCUAUGGCUAUUUAAUAUUUUAUAAGACAUAUUGCUGAAUCAGUAUGUUGUUUUUCUUGUUAAUUGAGUCUUUUGGGGUAGCCUAUCUUAUGCCUAGAAUUAGUCAAGGAGGUUGAGUCUCAUAACUUCCUUAAAAGUUUGAUAAAUUGUGCAUAAUGACAUGUGCACCAAAUGCAUAUAGGGUGUCAGACUCAUAGAUUUGCAUAAUUUAAAGUUCAGGUUUUAAAGUUUGGGUCAACAUGUGGCACAGCUUUAAAACUGAAAUUUAAAAUCCUAUCAGAGGUACAAAAUGUCAUUGAAACACACCAGUGGCUUUGCUGUCAUCAGGAUUAAACAUGUUACCCCUCGAACCCUCCCUCAGAGCCUCCUCACAAAACAAAUCUCAAUUUAACCCCUGUACAUAUACUAUAUAUAUUCUCAUUAUUUUUAACACAUCUAUAGUUAUGCGCUGGCACAGAGUUAGACUCUUUUGACUCCACACAGAAACAGCAACGCGUGCGGCAUAACAUAAGGAGCAUCCUGGAUCUGUUUUUCGCUCUUCUUUAUUCUUUUUUUAUGUAUUAUAGAAGUAUUGGAUCGGGACUCUGUAUCGGCAGAUACUCAAAAUCAAAUGACUCGGACUCGGGGGCAAAAAAACCUGAUCGGGACAUCCCUACUACUAGCCAACAGCACUACUUUGUAUAAUUUAAUGUUUUGUUUAAUUAAAAUGUUAAGUUUGAGAACUGUUUUUUUGUCAUCAAUUUCUUUGGGGGGUCCGCAAAGGAAUGCACCAUACACAAGAGGGCCGCAUGAUGAAAAAGUUUGAGAACCACUGUUUCAGAGUGAAUCAAUGUUUGCCAUUUUCAAUUACGAUUUUAAUCAGAGAUAUUUUAUUUUACUGCUGGGAUUUCUAGCCUUUCGAUUUUCAGCAUUAUGUUUUAUUUAUAUUGGGAAAAUAUGUCUUUUUUUUUUUAAAGUAGAUUUAGUAAGAUUUAUGUAAACUACAUUUAGCACAGUUUCAGUUAUCAAUACAUUCAAGUGAUUAAAUAUUCUUUUGAGCAGAUUACAAAAAGUAUAAAGAUUAGAUUUUUAAUCAGAUUGGUCUUUUUAUUCCAAUUGAGGUGUUUACAUGCAGCAUUUUCAUUCAGAACAUGAACAUUUAAACUGAUAACAGUUGUCCAUGUAAAUCUGAUCUCUAACAAAAUGUCUUUACAAAAAUGCAAUUAACUUGAAAUUUGGUAUUUUUUAAGAAACCUUCCCAUAUUUAAGAAGGGAUAAAAAAGAACAAAUGGACCCAGUUCAGACUGCAGACAAAAGUGGCAAAAACGGGGCUGCGUACGACACUUCCCACGCAAAGGUUGUGAUCUAUUAAAAAAACUUGACGGCAGAAUUCUGGAUACAAUUAAUGGGAUAUGGCGACACAGAUGGCGAGAAGGUGAACUGAAAUCAGAUUGAAGAAAGUAAAUAUGACAAACACGAUUAUAAGUAUUGAUAACACACACACUUUAAAUUCACUAUAAUACGUUAAAUCCACGUUAUCAUGACGAUGCUUUUACUGAGUGAUAACUGUUUCAUAUACAUCUUGUAAAAUUAAAUCUUAAAUCAAAAAUAAUUUUAAAUAUUUAAUCAGCGCUGUCUCAAGGUCACAUUGUCCACUAUGGGAGCGCGAAAUGGACCGACAGAUGGAUAGCAUGAAAUAUUCAUUAGAUAACUGCAGAACACAGUGUAAAUAACCAAAAAUUAUCCUUAAUUAAUGUGCAUUUUUAUCAUCAAAUCUCAAAGUGUGAAAAUACAGCCAUCAAGCUCCCGGACAAUCGUUUCUCUUAAUGUUACAGUUAUAAUAGUCUGAAAUAUGAUGUGAAAACCUGCAUGAAGAAACAUGUUCGGCGUUACACUAAAAUAAAUAUUUACUCACACGUGUACAAGUUAAUGCAAGUCAAGGAAAUUACUAUUUAUGUUUUUAAAUUUAAAUUAUUCAUUUUUAUAUAACUUCUGUUUGUAGAGCUGAGGAGAACGCUCGUGCUGCUGGAGAAAAGUCUGCAUAUAUCAGACGCAUGCACUGAAGAAGCAGAAAACUCAUAUCCAUUUUAUUUUAGUGAUAACCUCUCAUUUAUGCUGUGAUUUUAAUAAUAAUAAAGAAUUUUAUUUAUGGGCGCCUUUCUCAACACUCAAGGUCACCUUACAAAAUCAACAAUAAAACACACAUUCCAAUAAACAAUAAG